GCCGGGCCUGGGAAGGUGGGGCUGGCUGGGGGAGAGGCCCCGCCUCGCUUGGGGCUGCCCCCAACUGCAGGAAGCCGCCGCUCACCUGGGACGAAAGGUGCGACAGCGGCGGCGCCCGGCUCGGCGGGACCAAAUGCUGGCUUUUCUACCGUUCUGAGCCCGUGAAGUGUGGGUGACACCAUGAUUUCAUCCAAUGAAUUUGGUCCCAAUUCCUGGGAGCUCCUUGUUACUAUUGACCACCCGUAUGAAGGAGAGCAGAAGGAGUGCACGCUUCGCGUUUCAGGGAACCUGCAUGUUGGCGGAGUGAUACUCAAGCUCGUAGAACAAAUCAAGAUAUCGCAGGAUUGGUCUGACUACGCCCUCUGGUGGCAGCAGAGGCAAUGCUGGCUCCUCAAGAACCACUGGACGCUAGACAAGUACGGGGUGCAGGCCGAUGCCAGGCUCCUGUUCACCCUUCAGCACAAGAUGCUGCGCCUUUGCUUGCCGAGCAUGAGAACGGUGAGGCUGAACGUCAGUUUCUCUUCGGUGGUCUUCAAGGUUGUCGGUGACGUCUGCAAGACUCUCGGUAUCAGGCGAGCAGAAGAGCUUUCUCUGCUGAGACGGCCGGAAGACACAAAAAAGAAAAAGAAGAAGGACAAGAGCAAAGAACCAAUCAUAGAAGAUAUUUUAAAUUUGCCUCACUCCCCAGGGAGUUUUGGAUUGCCAGCGAGUCCCAGCUUGUACAGCAAUUCCAGAACUCCAACGUACAGUCCUACCAGCGGCACACCAGACUCGACAGUUGUGUGGUUUGGUGACAGUCCACUGGCCAACCAGAACUGGAACAACCUCGCUUCCAGCCGCCCCGUCUGUACACCAGCAACGCUUGCGGAAAUAUAUCAGCCCCGAACUUUAGUUGACAAGGCCAAACUCAGCGCUGGGUGGUUAGAUUCAUCCCGAUCACUUAUGGAACAAGGGAUCCAGGAGGACCAUCAGCUGAUUCUACGCUUUAAAUACUACACGUUCUUCGAUUUGAAUGCAAAAUAUGAUGCGAUUCGGAUCAACCAGCUGUACGAACAGGCCCGGUGGGCUAUUCUGCUGGAAGAAAUCGACUGCACUGAAGAAGAGACCUUCAUCUUUGCUGCGUUGCAGUAUCACAUCAGCAAGCUGUCAUUGUCAGGGUCACAAGACUUCACCACUGAAACGGAGACAGAUGAAGUGGAGGCUGCUCUUCUGAAUCUGGAAGUAGCUCUAGAAGGCGGAAAAGCAGACAGUAUUUUGGAGGACAUCACAGACAUACCAAAGCUUGCAGAUAACCUCAAGUUAUUUAGACCCAAAAAGCUAACACUGAAAGCCUUCAAGGAGUAUUGGUUUGUCUUCAAAGACACAUCAGUAUCUUACUUUAAAAAUAAGGAAGCUGAAUAUGGAGAACCCAUUGAGAAACUGAGCCUAAGAGGAUGUGAAAUUGUGCCAGACGUAAGUGUGUCAGGAAAAAAAUAUGGAAUCAAGUUACUCAUCCCUGUUGCUGAUGGAAUGAAUGAAGUACACUUGAGAUGUGAUAACGAAAAUCAGUAUGCCAGGUGGAUGGCGGCUUGCACCUUAGCUUCUAAAGGAAAGACCAUGGCGGAUAGUUCGUACCGCCUUGAGGUCCAUAACAUCCUGUCGUUCUUGAAGAUGAAAAGCAGGACAACCGUUCCCCAAGCAGUGCCCAGCCCAGAAAGCAUGGAUGCGAAACCAGAGUGCUUUGUCUCGCCACGAUAUGCAAAGAAAUACAAGUCCAAACAGCUGACGGCUCGCAUUCUGGAAGCCCACCAAAACAUUUCCCACCUGUCUCUGAUGGAAACCAAACUUCGGUUUAUCCAGGCAUGGCAGUCGCUUCCCGAGUUUGGUUUGUCAUACUACAUAGUAAGAUUUAAAGGAAGCAAGAAAGAUGAUCUCCUGGGAAUUUCUUAUAACAGACUGAUAAGGAUUGAUUCUGCCACCGGGGAUCCGAUUACAACAUGGAGAUUCUCAAAUAUGAAGCAGUGGAAUGUGAACUGGGAGAUUCGGCAGGUUGCAAUUGAAUUUGAUCAGAACGUGUCUAUUGCCUUUACGUGCCUGAGCGCGGAUUGCAAGGUCGUCCACGAAUACAUCGGAGGCUACAUUUUCCUGUCAACCCGUGCCAAAGACCAGAACGAAACGCUGGAUGAAGAUUUAUUCCACAAAUUAACUGGAGGGUGGGAGUGAGGGCAAGAAACACCUGGAUUAUGUCAGCUCCAGAAAAAUGCAAGACGGGAAAUUCUCCCUCUAUUCAUCUCUUUUGAACAGGUGCUGAGUGUGUAAGCAGUUGUGGUCUUAAAUCUUUUUCUCCUCCGUAUCUCAGGGGUGAGCCAAGUCAAAUUUCAAUACUUUAAACCUAUUUCACUCCCAACAAAAUACUGUCACGGUAAGAUAGGUCCAUUCCGCACAGCCUAAAUAAGAUGACCUGGGGUUGCUAAGAAAGGCUGACCUGGGAAAGCAAUGUGCACAGUUUUCGUUCCAAGAUGUCGUCAGGGUGCCUCAUUUCAGUUCAAGGCGUCUUUUUUGGAGAACACUUCAAAGUGCACCUUUCCCCCCAAACCACCUGCAAGAUGUCUCCUGCCUGGUUCUGUGGAAUGCAGAGUUCAAGAGGCAUCCCGUGUUUCCCACCCCAACCAUUCUGCUCUCUGGUCAGUUUCACCCUCUGCUUGUGCCCACAUUUUGUGUGCAGCUGAAGGGAUUCUUCCUGCUGCCAUUCGCUGAAAGUAGC